UGCAAAUGGUCGACUGAUGUGCUUUUUGUUAAAUAAUUUCAUAAGUUGAUUGUUUUCUAUCAUAGCAUUUAUCAACCACAGAAUUUCAACGAAACUGCUUAUUUAUCCACUAACAAAAUACUGGACUAUAACUUAGGAUACCCUGUGUUGGUCAAUCUGUGAUCUUGAACUCUAAUUUUAUUGUCAUGGGGCAAUAUUUAUACCUUUUUCAUUAGAGUUAUUAAACCAAUAGCAUUUUUAGGUCUAUACACUGAUAGCUUAGACUGUGACAAUGACCACGUCUUCGGAAGAUGUUUUGUUGAGCGUAAGCUACGUACGAUAUAAGAAGGGUGACGGUACCUUGUAUGUGAUGAAUCAGAGGUUGGCAUGGAUGCUGGAAAAUAGAGACACUGUUGCUGUAUCGCACAAAUAUGCUGAUAUUAAAACACAAAAAAUAUCUCCAGUGGGCAAACCUAAAGUGCAACUGCAAGUAGUCCUCCAUGAUGGAACAUGUUCUACUUUCCACUUUGUCAACCCCGCGGGCCCAGACGCGCAAGCCAAGGACCGAGACCAGGUUAAAGGCUUGCUGGUGAAUCUGUUACCUAAGUUUAAGAGGCAAAUUGAUGGAGAGCUAGAGAUGAAAUCCAGGCUCUUGUCUCUUCACCCAACUCUGAAGCAUUUAUAUGAAGACUUAGUAAUAUCAAAAGUGAUUAAUAGUGAAGAAUAUUGGAACACACCCACAUUGAAACAUUACACUGAAUCUAAUAAUGUUAAACAGGAAGCGGGUGUUUCUGGAGCUUUUCUGGCAGACAUCCAGCCGCAAACAGAUGGCUGCAAUGGCCUCAAAUAUAAUCUCACACAGGAUAUAAUAGACGCCAUAUUCAAAACAUAUCCAGCCGUCAGAAAGAAACAUAUAGACUAUGUGCCCAAUAAGAUGACUGAAGCAGAAUUUUGGACCAAAUUCUUUCAAUCUCAUUAUUUUCACAGGGACCGCAUAGCGUCAUCAUCCAGCAAAGAUUUAUUUGGAGAAUGUGCAAAACUAGACGACCACGCCAUUGCCUCAGCUAUGAAACACACAACUCUGGACCUCACGGUGGAUCUGCCUAAAUUUACGGAACCCAUUCCCCUGUUACCCACAGAAGACGACGCCCCAGUACAGAAAGAUAAAGGUGACAGCACGUCCAUACAUAGGAAUAUGAUCAAACGAUUCAACCAACAUUCUAUUAUGGUGCUCAAAGCUAGUCAAAAAACAAAUUCUAGUAGUAGUGAUAGCAAUAGUAAAACUACAAACAAUAACAAUAAAGUGGUAGAAAAUGGGGUCAAGGAAACGAAUGGCACUGCCGAGAAGAGGCCAGCUGAUGAAAAAAGUGCUUCAGAGCCUGUUAAUAAGAAAAAAAGGAUAUUAGAGAAGAUACAUUAUGAGGAUCUAGAAGAUUCGAAUAAAAACGAAGAAGCACAGGAAUUAAAAUUAUCGAAGAUUGAAAGGUAUCUAUUAGGACCAUCGUCGCAAGUAAACCAAUCCAGUUCGAGUACGAAUCACCCACCGCCUUUGUCGGCCCUAGCUUCAAUAUGUCAGGCAUGGUCGAGUGGUCAGCAGUGCUCGCGGCCGAUCCGCGUCGGCGCGGCGGGCUGCGUAGCCGCGCUCGGCGAGCUCAGUCCUGGCGGCGCGCUCAUGCGGCAGCACCACGCCGCCGCCAUGGCGCAACUGAUCCCGGCCGACGUGAAAGCGGAGCUGAACCGUCUGUACCUGUCCGCGGGCGAGCUGCUCCGCGAGCUGUGGCGCUGCUUCCCCGCGCCCGCCACCCCCGCGCAGGAGGCGGACAGCGCGCGCGCAGAGAACUUCUACGAGGCGCUGCUGCGGUUCCGGAACGUCAAGCUCAGGCCGUUCGAGGAGAAAAUGCUGCACGACCUGACACCACUAGCGACAUCACUCACGAAACACAUCAACCAAAUGAUAGACGUGGCGUGUACGAAGUACGCGGUUUGGCAGCAGAGGCAAGCCAAGCUUCGGUAGUAUUGUAACACCAGGGGACUUAUUCUUGAUGUCACAGAGAUCUACAUAUUUUAUUAUUUAACAAAAAUAACUGGCAUCUUGUACAGUAGGAUUCGCCUGUACUCCGUUUGUUUCAUGUUUAGAAUUUUCUUAGUUUCAGAAAAUAAAAAUAAUCGAUAUUUUUUGGAUUUGUCUGUAAUAUUCAUACAGUAAGUUCUGGAUAUGAUAGAUCGAUACGGUGACAACGAGAAUAAGUUUGCAAUAUGUUAUGUGAAGUAUAAUUAGGUAAAUAAAACAGAUUACUAUGAAUGGAACUUACCAUAUAAUAUAUCCCGUUUUCUUUGCUCGAAUUGAGGAUUAAUAUCAACUGUACACAUGCAAGCCUUAUGAACUGUAUUAAAAAAAAGUUAUUUGAUGCAAGUAAUUGAUGUGAAUAAUUAUUGGCACAAUUCGUGAUAAAACAUAACUUAUAUUUAAAAAAUUCUUAUCAUUAAUAAUAAUAAGUGCUUAUGUUUAACAGACCACCAAAUACAAAAUAUAGUAUAAGAUCACUUACCAACAUAAAAUAUACUAAAAAAGCAUAAAUUGUACCUACUACUUACGGCCCUCUUUGAAGCAAAAUAUCUUAGGUACCAUAUUGAUCACUUAUAACAACAAAAAGUAGUUAGUGCUCUCCAAAAUCUCUUAAUUAUCAAAUUUUAUUAGAAACGAGGUAAUUUUACUCUAAUUACUACUUAUUAUAUCAAAAUUGAACUGUCAUAGAGAUCAUUACUCAACACGUGAAAGUGCCGUUAAUAUGCAAUGAUUAUUUUAUUAUCAGUGACAGAGUUAAAAAAAGAUUGGCAAGGGGACUUCUUGAUGAUUAAACAUCUAGUAGCAUUUUAAUUUUUAUAAAUUUAGAAGCAAAAUUUCCGAAAAAAACAGGUGACAGUAUAAAAUAAUAGAUCAAUAGAAGCAAAAGUUAAUGUAAUGUCAUUUAUUAAAUAUGUAAUAUUUAAUAACUAUUGUAAUUUCAAGGAAGAUGAGAACGACGGAACUGUUAUGGUAUGUCAUUUUGUACGCAAUAAAAAAAUGGUUGCCAAAU